UAUGGAAAUGUUGAGACUUCUUUUUUUUUUUUUUUACAUAAAAUGAUCUGUGAACCUUCAAAGCUUCAUUCAUAACGUUAUUAGAACUCUAGUGAUGACGUCAUCAAUAUGAUGUAAACAAUGGGAUUCGUUCCGUCCUGUAAAAUUAUUUUGACUUAAUUAAUGUAAUGAAGUCAAGAGAAACCAAGAGUGCUGUUUCUUUAUGCUAAGCUAACUAGUCCUGACUCAGUAUUUUUUUUUACAUAAACAGUGUCUGGUGGUUUUCUGUGAUUCAGUGUUUCCACUGGAAAAAAACAGAAAAGUCUCAGAAAGAAAAGUCUGGGACGUCCUGAUAAACCAUGAAGACAAACACACUGAACUCAGAUCCAUCAGCAGGAUGCAUCUGGAUCUGGAAGAGCUGGAUUAGAAUCACUUCCUGUGAUGUCCUGCUUUACAGUUUACAGUCAGACGGACACACCUGUAAAUACUUCACUUGCAUCAUCAUCAUGAUGUCAUGUGACCUGAUGUGAUGCAGAUCAGAUUCUGAGGCGGAGACUUUAAGUGCCAAGAUGGACGAAACAAACUCACCUGAGGUCAGCUGACUCCUCCCUUUGCUGCAGCGGGUCGUACCAAGUUGGUGGGAUAUCGGGGGGAGGGGGGUGAAGGGACAGACAGUCAGUCAGACAGGAAAUCUUCUCUAUCCUUCCCUCAUCCCCUCCUUUCCCCAUUACUUCCUUCCUUCCUCGUCUCCUCUAACUACUAACUGGACUUGUUGCAUGUUGUCUUUGUUUCUUCAUGCAGUGUGAAAUAAUUACCCAGAAUUCAAAGAGUUUCUCAUGAACGUUAACACGUUAAUCAGAGAUUCAUGAAGAAAGAAUAUUUAUGACAAAUAUUGAGACGUUAUGAGAAAAAGAACUAGUGUGUCCUUUGACCUGUCCUCUGAUCCGUCCCCAGUGUCUCUUCACGUCUCCUCGUUGGACCUGAGUUUUAAUUUUAAGUUGCAACAGAAUUCUGUUAUUAUAAUAAUAAAUCCGUUAAAUGAAACGUGGUAAAAGUUUUAUGGAAAUUAGACGAUGACUUCAUCUCAUAAUGUGUUACUGUGAAUGACGUCAUGAUUUAAUGACUUUACUCUUCGUCUUAAUAAACUUGAAGCAGCUUAUUUUUUUUUUUUUAUGGUUUUUUGUUUUUAAUCGGAUUCUUUUCUUUGAAGUUUCAUUCGUUCGCGUUUGUCUUCUGGGUUUCAAUAAAGAUUCAUUCAACAAAAAACAGAAAUCGUGGAAAUAUGUUUAAUUUUGACUUUAUUUUCAUCUCUUGAGACUGUUUACUGAUUAAAUCCUGACUUCAUGUCGUCAUUAUAUUUUAUAUCUAAAAUACAUUUUCAUGUGAGGACACUUCUCACCAGACACCAGCAUGCUCUCUUCUGUUUCCUCACGUCUCUGAUCACAUGAUCAAUGAACAGGAAUCAAUACAUUCAUUAUACACAUGUAUAUAUUUAGAUACCCAGUAAGGAACUAAAGUUUAAAGUCCUAAACCGCUUUAACGCGUCAUAGCUGUAAGUGACCACGAGGGGGCGGGCUUUUAUUUCUCCACAUUGGAGGUCAGCAAACCGGAAACACAUGAAGAAGAAGACGAGCGCUGGUCUCCACAUGUUGAGCACAUCAGAGGAACAUUAGUAUUAUUCACACGUUGUAGUUUAGAGGCGUGAGAACAAACAUGGAGGACGUGAACGUUAUUAAGCUGCCGGUGACGGAGGAGAGACUACCGGCCAAGAAGAGGACUCGACCGCCGAAGUUUGACCCCAGAGAAGAGGACCAGGAGCGGCAGACCAACGUGAAGAGGCUCGCGGGUCUGGGAGAAACGGACGAGUCGGUGAAGCUGCUGGAGGAGCUUCUGUUCGGAGCGGAGGACGAGCUGGUGGACCGACUGGUGGAGCAGGAGGAGGAGCAGACCGGAGCCUCAUUGGUGGAGGAUGGAGACGACGGGGCAUGUGACUCUGAGGACCAGGACCCUCAGGACCAGGUCCAGACCAGAGAGCCCGUCUGGGUCGACGAGGAUGACGAGCUGGAGGAAGAAGUCGACAUGAAGCAUCGUUACCGUAGAGACCUGAUCAGAGGAGAGGCGGAGUCAACUAUGACCAAUCAGAGACUACAGGAGAGGAUGAGACAGCAGUGAGUACACACACACACAUCUA